AUGAUCAACGGGUGUAGUGUAGCGGUUAGAGGUUCCGCCGUGACAACACGAUCGAUCGGAGCGCUCAUUUUCUUCGUUUUCUCGGUUUUUCAAUCAGCCAACGGAAUUAAAUGCUGGCUAUGGCACCUUGAUCGUUUGCCGAACGAACAAGUCAGUCCUGAUAUAAGAGGUGUCUUGACUCAGUGUCAUUUUCGAAUGGAUGUCCCAUGUUUCACCAGGAAGAUCUCAUUUUCUGCUUAUACCACUGUCGAAUUUUUAUCGAAAAGACGAAAUGAGUGCUAUAUUGAUCCGAACCAUGGAACUCAGGUCAGAUGCGUAUGCGAUACGGAUAAUUGCUCGACGAACUGCACUAAUAUAGUGGAUAUGUGGAGAAAAUCACCUGAUUUCAAGACAACAGGACCACAUGCGAAAUGUAUGGAUAGAUACGAGAAAGCAUGCGUCAGAGAUAAAAUCAAACCUCCCGUAAAAGGAGAAAACAUGGAGGAAGAGUACAACCGAACUAUAGACGAAGAAGAAGGAUAA